AUGGAAGGUGAAGAAGCAGUCGCUCGUCUCGUGGAGACCCCCCCAAAUGACGGGGAUGCCCAGGAGCUCCCGAAAGAGGGUGAAAAUGGAACCGAGGGAGCAGCAGCCGCAGAGGAGCUGGCUGGGACCAGGGAUGCAGGGGACAGAGAUGCCCCCCCGGGGCAUCUGCGGACGGACCAGGACAUGCCACGCUUGGACCACGGGGACGGUGGAACAGACGCUCUCCCGAAGCCCUCGGCUGCCUCGAUGGACAAGCAGAGGAGCACCGAGCUCUCGGCACUUGACAGCUUCCCCCUGAAGCACUCGAACACGCUGACGAACAGGCAGCGAGGCAACGAGGUCUCGGCCCUCCCAGCCACGCUGGACACGUUGUCCAUCCACCAGCUUGCUGCCCAAGGAGAGCUCAGCCAGCUGAAAGAGCACCUUCGCAAAGGGGAGAACUUGGUAAAUAAACCUGAUGAGAGAGGUUUCACGCCGCUGAUCUGGGCUGCAGCCUUCGGAGAGAUCGAAACGGUCCGUCACCUGCUGGAAUGGGGCGCUGACCCCCACGCGCUGGCGAAGGAGCGGGAGAGCGCCCUGUCCCUGGCCAGCAUGGGCGGCUACACCGACAUCGUCAUCAUGCUGCUGGAGAGGAACGUGGACAUCAACAUCUACGACUGGAACGGCGGCACUCCUCUGCUCUACGCCGUGCGCGGCAAUCACGUCAAGUGUGUCGAGGCCCUACUAGCUCGUGGCGCCGACCUGACGACGGAGGCGGAUUCUGGCUACACCCCGAUGGAUCUGGCCGUGGCGCUGGGACACAAGAAAGUCCAACAGGUUAUCGAAAAUCACAUCCUCAAGCUAUUUCAGAAAAAGGGGCUGGAGUGACGCGGCGGCUCGCGCUGCGCU